GGGAAAUAUGAAGCGGAGUCGCUGCCGCGCUCUGAGGAGACGGCAGGGGACGCGGCGGCAGAGCGGGGAGCCCGAGCGGCGCGGCCGGGCACCGAGCAGGCGCGGCCGAGGCGGCCGUGGAGACGGCGCCCUGCGCCCGGGCGGCAGCACCCGGCCCCGCACGGUGCCGCGGCGGGGGCCGGCCGCGCUCCCUCCCCGCCAGCCGCCUGCUCCCUAGCGCAGGGCCAUGGCGUGCCCGCGGCGGCGCUGAGGUGCGGGCGGCGCGGCGGGAGCCCGCGGCCGCCGGGAAGCAGAGGCGCCGCCCGCUCGCGUUUCAUGUUGGUGGCGGCCGCGCCGCCGCCGCCGCCCGCCGCCGCCGCCGCCCGCGGGGAGGGAGCGCAGGCUGCGGGGCGCCGAGCGCCCUGAGCGGGGGGCGCCUCCCCGACGGACGCGGAGGGGCUCGGCGCGGCGCGGAGAUGUCCUCCCCGUACUGCAGCCUGCUCCGGUACCUGUUCCCAGCCCUGCUGCUGCACGGGCUGGGAGAAGGUUCUGCUCUUCUUCACUCGGACAGCAGGUCCCACCCUCGGUCCUUGGAGAAGAGUGCAUGGAGGGCUUUCAAGGAGUCACAGUGUCACCAUAUGCUGAAACACCUUCACAAUGGAGCCCGGAUCACUGUGCAAAUGCCUCCCAAUAUUGAGGGACACUGGGUCUCUACUGGCUGUGAAGUUAGAGCAGGCCCAGAGUUCAUCACAAGAUCUUACAGAUUCUACCACAAUAAUACAUUUAAGGCCUAUCAGUUUUAUUAUGGUGGCAAUCGCUGCACAAAUCCCAUCUAUACAUUAGUUAUACGUGGCAAAAUUCGUCUCCGCCAAGCAUCCUGGAUCAUCCGAGGGGGUACUGAAGCUGAUUAUCAGCUACGCAGCGUACAAAUCAUAUGCCACAAUGAAGCAGUAGCCAAAAAAUUAAGUGAUUUGGUGAACCAUACGUGUCCUGGAUUUAUACCAGAAGAUAGUCCAUGGGAGCAGGAUGUGAGCUAUGAUUUGUUGAGAGAAGAGAAUGGUUGUGAAUGCACCAAAGCUCUGAAUUUUGCCAUGCAUGAACUCCAGCUGAUCCGCGUGGAGAAACAGUAUCUGCAUCACAAUUUAGAUCACCUUGUGGAGGAGCUAUUUCUUGGAGACAUUCACACUGAUGCUACUCAGAGGAGGUACUAUCGACCUUCUAGUUACCAGCCUCCUCUUCAAAAUGCCAAGAACCACGAUCACACCUGUAUUGCGUGCAGAAUCAUCUAUCGGUCAGACGAGCACCAUCCUCCCAUCUUACCCCCCAAGGCGGAUUUGACCAUAGGGCUACAUGGAGAGUGGGUGAGCCAGCGUUGUGAGGUGCGACCUGAGGUCCUCUUUCUCACUCGGCACUUCAUCUUCCAUGACAACAACAACACCUGGGAAGGUCACUACUAUCACUACUCCGACCCCAUCUGCAAACACCCCACCUUUACCAUCUACGCCAAGGGGCGCUACAGCCGAGGAGUGCAUUCUUCGAAAGUGAUGGGUGGAACAGAGUUUGUGUUCAAAGUAAAUCACAUGAAGGUCACUCCCAUGGAUAUAUCCACAGCCUCACUGCUGAACGUCUUCAAUGGGAACGAGUGUGGAGCACAGGGAUCCUGGCAAGUCGGAAUUCAGCAAGAUGUUACUCACACAAAUGGCUGCAUUGCGCUUGGCAUCCGCCUACCUCACACCGAGUAUGAAAUCUUCAAGAUGGAACAGGAUGCCAGAGGCAGGUACUUGCUAUACAAUGGCCAAAGACCAAGCGAUGGGUCCAGCCCGGACAGACCAGAGAAGAGAGCCACUUCCUACCAGAUGCCUUUAAUUCAGUGCGCUUCAUCAGUACCCAGAUCUGAAGAGUCACCAGAGGAGAAUAAAAUAAGGCUGUAUAGCAGCAGGGCACCAGAAAAAUAUUCCAGCACCCCAGCUCUUGCUUUGGUGUUGUUUAUUUGUACUGUGUCAUAUUGGGACAUGCUCAGCUAGGAGUGAAAAAAUUAUUUUUCAUGACUACAAAGCCAGGAUUCCAUAAGACUGAGGGUUGUUUUUCUUCAGAAAGAAAGGGACAUUUAUUUUCUUGAUGCACUUGAAUGCCUAAGAAUUGUUGUUCUUUUCCUUAUUUUUCCCCCUCCUUGAAUCAUGAACAGCACUCGUUUGAUGUCUGUGCUUUGAACUUCAUCCAGUCUGAUCCCUGGCCUGACAUGACUGCACAAAAGUAAUUGCACUUUAGGACUGCAGACUUUUGGGGGGAGGGAGGGGGUCUCCUUUUCUUAACUGCUGGAGUGAACAUUACAAUCCUGCUUCAGCUGCCUCUGCCAUUUUACCAUUGUGGUACUUUUCUCUCCAAGGCUUGAUUUCUAAUCAGAAUUUAACUCUGAGGAAUCACUCAGUGUAGUGUCAAUACUGUGAUAAUGGCUUCCCCCUUUGACUUUAGAACUGAUGUAGAUAUGUAUAUAAGAAAGAAACCCACAAGGAUUUAUCUAACCAUUAUCUCACAGCUCAUAACACAAAGAGAAUCUGCAAAUAAAACAAUCCUCCAUUCAGAUAAGUGCUAAAUGGUUGGUAUCUCUAAUUAAAAAAAACUAAGUAAUUUAAACUAUUUUUAGAAUCAUUAAGUUGUAGAAAUAACCAAUGACUUACUAUUUUCUCUUUCGAUUUCCUUAGCUUUACAAUUGCUUCUAGGCCUCCCUUUGUAUCUAGUGAGUAGUUGCAACCAAUCCCUCGUAAAGCCAGAUAGAAAAAGCGUUUUUUUUAAAUCAGAUGUGCACUGUACAGGUAAGUUGUUGAUAUAAGGCUGAAGUGACACAUUCUAUUUUCAUUUUCACAAGACCUUAUAUACGCUCUAUGCAGUAUUUGUAGCUUGGAUUCUGUUUUAUUUAAGUGGACAAACUAAAGCAUAUGGGGCCGUAAUACAUUCUGCAAUCCAAUCUAGCAGCAUGGCUUUAAUGAUGUAAAUCGACAUUAAGUAGGAACAAGUAAAGGGCCUUAGCAGCAAGGGCUCUAGUAUUGCUUGUAGUUUAGAGAGCAAGAAAGCAGUAAGAACCCGACCCACAUCCAUCUCACAGAGGGAGACUGACCCAAUCUUAUCAGAGGAGUUGGAGUAAGAGUUGCACAAAUGCAGCCAUAUCCUCCCUUUUCUUCUUUCUAGACAGUCCUCGCACAUAUUGUGUUUUCACCGAGUUUAAACCUGCAUCGGUUUGGGAAGAGACUGCCAGGAAGAGAUAGGCACAGCUCUUGGAGAGCUUCCCUCAACAACACGCUCCCUGAACACCCUAAGAUCUCCCCUGUGAGGAAUACUUUCUCCUAUACACACAGAUGUGAACCAGAGCAAAUGGAUCCUCUCAGGAGAGCCAACAGGGGAGAUAGUUAAGGCCAGCAAGGAGGUUCAGGUCACAGGUGAACCAUGCUCCCCCGCUUUGAUGGGUACCAAGCUGAGGGCAUGGCUUAGCCUUGCAGCAUUUGCAGUGUGCCUUUACUGAUACACAGGAGCAUUUUGGCUCACAGGAGGAGCAGGAACCUGUAUAAGAAACAGGAGGAGCAAGGUCAUAAUGUUUCUUCAUCAGUAUCUAAACCUGUCAAGUCCAAACCAGUGAGAAAGAACCCUCCAAAGUAUCCUUUUCAGCAUUAUAGGAAAAACAUAUCUCAAAUAAAAGUCUUUCAGCUUUACAUAGAUGAGUCCAUACUUGGUGCUAUAGCAAAAGCGUUCUUUUUAAAACAGUGAUACCAUCCUCCUUCCUAGCAAAGCAAUCAGGAAAAAGCCACUCAAAUAGCGACGGUGAUACUGAGGCUCCCUAACUCCCCCAAAGUCUGUUGCCUUCCUGACAGUUUUCCAAGCUGGUGUCAGCCUUUGAUGCACAUUUCCUCACAGAGGGGCAUGAAAUCAGUUCACCUGUUUUUGGGACAGCAGGAACAAGAGGAAGUGAUUAAGGAACAACCACAGACUCUCACUGCCAGAUCAGAUCACACCUUUCACAUUCUUUCCUCAGAUGAAAAGUCACAGACAGAAAACCCAACUCAACAGUUGAGAAUGCAGCUCAGGAGUCACCAGAGAAAGCAUUCAUUCAUCCAUCUAAUUACCAGAUCCUCCUUCAGCAUGCUGGAAGGAGCCAGGAGCCAAAUCACCUUGAUGAAUCGAGACCUGAGAACAACAGCUGGUCUAAUCAUCAUUUCUUGCUAUGGCUUUCUGCUCAGCACAGUUAAAUGUACUCAGAGUCAGUUCUGGAUGAGCUACUGGUAGGGAGGCAUUAAGAGCAUAGUUUUAACUAAAGGGUCAAGACAGCGACAUAAUCGCUAUACCUCUGGAAGUGGACACUAAGUACCCUAAAGGAUUUUCUCUAGUUAGACUUGAGUUUUAUGUUCAACUGAUUUACACCAGCAUGUCUCCAACUGAGCAACUGCUGAUCUAUCACCAGAUAGUCAGCCAAGUCCCUUCAGAUACUAGCUUAGUUUCUGGCUUAUGUUUAAGUUGCAAGAACAAAUUCACAUUCACUUCUAUUUAUGAAGAUGCAUAUGGUGCGUAUUUCUUACAACUUGUGAAAUGUGCUUCUUUCUCCAUUGCCUAUUCCCACCUUAGGUGGUCUCAUCUCCUGAAAAAUGUAAUUAUAAAUCGCUUGGUCUUGUUAGACCCUGAUCCCACACUAUGCAGGUGCCACACACUGCUUAGUCCCAGCUGAAAUCUGCACAUCCUUGUAAUGCAGGAUUGAACCCUACGGCAAAAGAAAUGGUCUUCAACAUGAUAUUCAAUGUUCACUAGGGUAGUGACCUACAAUUUAUUAGUGCUUCCUAGCUCCACUGUAAAUUGCUUAGUAUCAAAACUAUCACAGGUUUCAAAAGAGAAAGACCUGUCUAGUUCUUUCCUCCAAAAAGCACACUCAUAUCAAAACAUAAUAAAUACUCACUUUGAAUCACAAUCUUGCAAAAAUGUAGGUUUUCUGAGAGUUUUAUCACUUACACUAGUUGCAGGUGUAACAGAAUAUAAGAAUUGUACAAGAACUGCAUGUUUUUGCUAUCACCUAGAGCUACUUAAAAAAGGAAGCACUUCAAAACGCAUUGCAAGAAGUCUGAUGUGGGGCUCUUCCAGUUCAUUUGUACUGUUGACUAGGAACAAAAUUUCAUGAGCUGGGUUCAUAGCAUAUGCUGCACCAGCCUCCUGCCUUGUGCCAAACCCUGUAUGUGUAUGUAUAUAUAUAUAUGUGUGUGUGUGUAUAUAUAUAUAUAUGGUUUUUUUUCCCUAUAUGUCAAUAGAAGCCUAGAUGGACAAAGAUAAAGCCUUCAGAGUGUGUACUUUAUUUGUCAAUCCAUGUCCUCUACAGGGAUUCCCCUAGGUUACAGGCACAGAACUAGGAGCUAAGCUUCCCUCAUCUUCUCAUUUCAUCACACACUAAAUUAACAGUUGUACAGCACCAUGUACAUAUGUGAAACAAUAUACUCCAUUUCAUUUGUUCAGCCUGACCUCCUCAUAUGUUGGCAGCCCUGGCUGCUAAAGAACUCAAGCCACAAGUGGUUUAGCAACAGAAGACCUGCAAAUUCUGUGAUUUGUCCCAUACCAAAGCUCAGAUGUUUUAAAAGCAGAAGGAUUAAAGUGAUAUCCUUAUUAACAGUCACUGCAGCCAGGAUGAGUGAAAGAAGUUUUCACUCAGCACCACUGUAAUACCCUAUUACAGUGUCACCUGACCAAAAAAAAGUGCAUCUGAAGCAGCUCUUGGGCAAAUUAUUUUUUCAUGUUCUAUUUUAAAAAGGACAAAAGGGAUCAGAAAGUUAAAAUGAAAGUGUUCCUGGUCUGUUUCUAUACCGUUUACAUAUUGUGUUACUGCCCUGGGGUGGAAUGUCAUUUUUAUGAGCAGAAGUCCAUAUUUUGAGAUAUAAUGUCUGUCUUGCUUGAGUUGGAGUGUGCUUGCUUAAAGCACAGGAUUUUUUUUAAAAAAAAAUCUUUUUAUUUUUGUAAAGUUAUAGAAGAUAUUUUUCUUCUCAACUAUAUGUUCCAGAUUAAACUGCCGGGGAAGUUUAAGCACUUGUUAAAAUAUUGAUUGAAAUAAAAAGAGCCUAACUGAAAAA